UCAGUCCACUUUGCCUACUCAACCCUUGAGCAAUAUUAAGGCAUUCAUUUUCCUCCUACUUCUACUUCUACUUGUACUUCUACUUCUCCCAAAAGCACUUCUCCCAAAAGCGCUUUUUAACUAAUUCACAGUCCCCAUGCACCUAAUAACGUAACAAACCGAAUCACUUUUCUUCAUUUUUACUCUCCAAAACUCUCUUCACAAACCAAAACCCACCUCCCAAAAUACUCCAUUUUCACCCCUUCGACCUUCAAGGUUCAUCCAUGGCGAUUCAAUCUUCCUCUUUCAGCCUUCGAAAACCGGUCAGACUGGCCAAAAUUUUCAUUUUUCUUGCCGUUUUCGCGUCCCAAGUCAACGGGUUGACUGCCAGAAAGCUAGAGGAAUCCUCCACCGGUGGUGAUCAAAGCAUAAAGUGCCAGCCAUCAUGCAUACAGAGCCCGCCUCCACCGUCGCCUCCGUCGCCUCCUCCUCCAAGUCCACCACCACCCGAGCUGCCGCCGCCCCCGCCGUCGCCCCCACCGACUCCCAAGAAGCCCUCAACGCAGUACUGCCCACCGCCACCUUCGUUCAUUUACAUGACCGGCCCGCCGGGCCCGCCGGGGAACCUCUACCCCAUUGACAGUGAUUUCAGCGGCAGCCGAAAAGCCUCUGCCGCGAAUUUGCCGAUUCUGGUCGGCUCUGGAUUGCUUCUUCUCUUGGCCUUCUGGUGAGCGUCAAAGAUGGUAAAUUUGAUCAACGCUUUAAAGAAGGAAGAUAAAUUUUAUAGAAAAUAGCUUGGUAAUUAAUCACUUCUUGUAUUUUAAUUUUUGAAUAAAUUUCUUCCCUUUAAUUUUGGA